UUUGUAGUGUAGGCGUCGUCAGGGGAGCUGCUGGAAGAGAAAAUGCUGCCGGGCUGAACACUCACUCUCUGGCCUCACGGACUGCUUUCCUCGAUGGCUGAAACGGUUUCCCGAAGCGAAGUGAAUCCUAACUAUGAAUUGACUUUAUGCGGCAAUUAAACCUGUCCGUUUUGGAAUGACAGACUGUUAUUCGUUUGAGAUUAAAAUGGAAAAAAACAGAAAACAACUUAAAUCAAAGCGAUAUCAUUUUACCGUGGGGCUGAUGUGUUUGUUUGUUUUGUCCGCUGACGCUUAUGAAUGUCCAUAUACCUGCAGAUGUUAUAACAGAUCCGUGAUCUGUGUGGACUCGGAAGAGAUCAAACUACCUCUCAAAGUGCCCAUAAGGACCCAAAACUUAACUUUAAACAGAAACAAUAUCUCCGUUUUAACCAAGAGAGCGUUUUCAGCCAACGGGACAGGUAUGGAGUUGCUCGCGCUGUCACUGGAGGACAACAACAUACGGGAGAUCGAAAGUUGUGCGUUUUGUGGACUCUCCCGACUUCUUUCCUUAGAAUUGAGUCACAACCGUUUAAUGGUUGUGGAUCCUGAUGCUUUUUCUGGAUUGGGACAGCUGCGUAAUCUUUACCUCAGUAACACCUUAAUGGCUCUGGGCGCGAGCGAAUUAUCAAGCGCACUCUCCAAGGACAGUUUGUGCAAUCUUCAGACACUGGACCUGUCUGGAAACCGUUUGAAAGCAAUUCCUCUUUCUGGGUUUGACAACCUCAAUUUAACCACAUUAAUACUAACAAAUAAUUCCUUCGCGACCUUGGAUACACGCAAUUUAUCAAAAUUAAACGAAUUCAGUGAAAUACGUAUUUACUUAGCAGACAACCCGUUCGAGUGUAAAUGUGACAAACUGAAGGAGUUUACUGAUUGGCUUAACAAUAGCACUCAAUGCAAAGACGCGGAUAAUCUGAAAUGCGCGCACCCCAAAGAGAAGAAGGAUAUAUAUGUGCUGAAAGUGUGCAGACAACAAGACUUGGGUUCUUAUGUGCUUCUCGGCAUUGUGUUAGCCCUCAUCGGAGUUGUGUUCCUCAUGGUGUUGUACUUGAACAGACGAGGCAUUAAGAGGUGGCUCAAUAACAUCAGAGAGGCCUGUCGGGAUCAAAUGGAGGUGUAUCAUUACAGAUAUGAACAGGACUCCGAUCCCAGACUAGCAAACGUUGCCGUUUAAACGGAACCUCGUGACAUCAUCUCCUGGAACUCUUUGCUGACUCUUCGAGUUUUCGAGACUUUUGGAGACAAGUGCCCUCUUAAAAGUUGACCAAAUCAACUAUCAGCAGAUAGAUCAUUUUAAAAUGAACUUUAUUGCUGUCUCAUUUUAAAUGUUGCACCAUCCUAGUCACAUUUGUUGGCCGCAUACCUCAUAAAGGCCGCCUCAUUUCAGAAAAGUAACCAUUACAUUACACAGUAAAAGAGACAUUACAAUAAUGUAAUGGUCAAUUUAGUAAUUGUUACUUUUCUGAAACAAGACAUCCUUAAUGACAUAUGCUUCCAACAAAUGUGACCUCCGCAGGGCGCUUCCAGGUUAAUCGACCUGGAAUUUCAAUAACUCAUCUUGCACUCAUGGGUGUGUCCAAUUUUUUUUUUUUUUUUUUGUAAGUAAAAUGUUCUUGGAAUGAGAAUGUCCCUGCCCCUGCCUGUAACUAUCAAUCAAAGGGGUUGGGUUGUUGCUGGUUAAAAAUGCCAUUGAGAUAAAUGGGAAUGCUAACAGAUAGCUUUCUCAGGUAUUAAAGAUCUCAUUGCAAGCAAUAGAAAGUAGCAAAUCAUGGUUCAAGACUGUGACAUAAACUGAACCCUUUUGGCUAUUUUAACAAGAAAUUUGUUGUCAACAUAGGAAAGAAAACAGGGCUUAUUAAGCGAUUUCAUCGCUUUAAGUGUUAAUAUAUCAGGCUAUGGAAUGAAGGCGGUCUAACUGUAAAUACAUUUAUCAGUAUCAAAAAAUAAUACUAAGACAUAACAAUCCCAAAUAAUACAUGUAACAUACAAUGCAUUGCAUUGACUUGCUGCAUCAAACAGUCCAGUGGGUAAAUCCAGCGGUAGAUUUACCACUGGGUAAAUCUAAUCUAUGAACAGCAUAAAAUACAAUAAUUUCCCUUAUAAUACUAAAUGAAAUACAAAUGCAAAUUAUCAGCUCUUGUGACAUAGUAUAAGAAUGAAAGUAUAUGCACAAACAGUAUAUGCAUUGCCUGGAGGACUGCUUGAAUUUUUUCUUUUUCUUUUUUUUAAACCCACAUAACCUUGUAAACAGUGCCAAGUUCAGACACUCUUGGUUUAGAGUGAGACACAAUGACAUGAGUCCAUUUUUUUGGCAAUGUUUAAUCUAGACCUUUGAUUUUGUUUAUGCGUAUGGAGAUUUGACUGUACAAAAGAUGUGCAAUUCUAACCUUCAUCAAAUCUUUUCAUAUUUUAAAUGACUGUGAUGCAGCCCAGAUAACCAUGUGAUGAAAUUAUAAUAUAGAGCAGUGACAUAAUACCAUUUUUAUAAACAAAUUAUUGCAUCCUCAAUAAAUUUCAAGAUAUCCUCAAUGACUUUUCUUUGUGUGUGUUUUUGUUUGUUUAUUUUUUACUAUUUUGUAUGGGUCUCACAUCUCGUGUUUCUUCAUGCAUAAUUUCAUUUUUAAAACAAACAUUCUGGAUUUUCAUCACUGAGAAUAUCAAACAAAGGCAACUGAAUAAAAAUACAGACUGAGAGAAAAUCCAUUAUUCCAAUUACAAACACAUUUUGAGGCAUCAUUUGAUUACAGUGAAGCGAUUGGCAGUUUCUUACAGUAAGUGGAAUAUUUAAAUGCAAUACAAUGUAUGUGUACACACUUUUUAUGUAAAAUCUCAGUCUCUCUCUUUAAAUAACCUACUAUGAGGCUAUCUCUCCUCAAUACUGAUGAUAGUUGGAGACAAUUUGCUGCUAAUAAAAGAACAGAGGCAUUGGCUGAAGACAAAUCUGUGACAUAAUUAUAGCUGGGAUUAAUCUCAUCAGGGUCAUAACUAUAAGAGGGCUGAUGUUCUAUAAAUCCUGGGUCUCGCCCCUGAGCUGCUUCAUUUGCCCAGGUUUAAUUACUAGGUUCCUUAUGAUUGGGUGUUUGAUUUUAAACACAAGGUCAGUCGUACACCAGCACAACCCCCGAUACAAAUCCUGUGGGUACUGAACAGAAAAUGAAUUUCCUGUGCAAACCUAUUUCCCUCCAGUUAGCCGGAAUCAUUUUUAAUAUAAAGUUUGUGUUAUUAAUGUUCACUGCAUUGCCAUUUAUGCUUCAAUGGUUUCUGUAUCCUUUGGAAUACAGAUUUUUGAGAGGCUGCUGAGAAAAGGGUCUUUAAAGUGACUAAGCAUUAGUUUUCAGAUUUUAAUGUGAAAAUAGAAGUGUUGGGGUAACGCAUUACAAGUAACUUGAGUUACGUAAUCAGAUUACUUUUUCAAGUAACUAGUAAAGUAACACAUUACUUUUUUUUAAUUUACAACAAAAUAUCUAAGUUACUUUUUCAAAUAAGAAACUCAAGUUACUUUGUCACAUUUAUGGACUGACAGCUCUCCUGUCCCCAUGUUGAGAGAAACAAAGUACAGAGGUGUUUUGUGCGCUGUGCGAACAUGUUCAAUGUGAACAUGCAUUUACUCAUCUCACUUGUACGAAAACAUUUAGUAUUUCUCAAAAUGAAUAAAAACAGUAAAAUACAAUCUCAGAAUUUUAUGCAAACCUGUAAUAAUUAACUAUAUUAAAUUACACAAAUGUACUUUAUGUAUUUAAUCUCACUUUAUUAACCAAUGUCUUUGCUGCUGACCUUCAAUGAUCUAAUUCAACCAUACUAAUGAGCAAAAAUUACUUUAGAUUAGAUUUAGAAAUAAGAGUGUUGAACUUUAAUUCAGAACGAAAGGUUUGUUUGAGCUGCACUUUCUACUGUACAGGUAUAAAUAUGCAUUUCCUUCAACCUGAGGCUUAUUCAUUUCACUUUUGGUGUGAAAGAGCCUUUACAUUUGCCAAAAAUAGAACUUUUUUGUUGAUAUUAAAAAAAAAACAAGCAAGCCCAUGGGUGAGAAAAAGUAGAAGUAAUGUAACGCAUUACUUUUCAUAAAAAGUAACUAAGUAACGCAAUUAGUUACUUUUUUGGGAGUAACGCAAUAUUGUAAUGCAUUACUUUUCUAAAAGUAACUUUCCCCAGCACUGGUCGAUAGAUGUGUGAACCAGUGAGGUUUGUGUACAGUUUCUUCUUUUAAUAUAAUGUGCUGUAAUGAACGUUUUUGUGUAUUUGAUAAACUCAAAUGGAAAGGAAUGAUUUUGAAUGAAUACAACUCACUG